AUGUUGGGGGAAGAAUAUAAGAAGGAGAAGAAGAAGAAUAAGGAAGAAAAGGAGAAGAAGAAUAAGAAAUAUGAGAAGAAGAAGGAGGAGGAGGAAGAGGAGAAGAAGAAGGAGGAGGAGAAGAAGAAGAAGAAGAAGAAGGAAGAAAAGGAGAAGAAGAAUAAGAAGGAUGAGAAGAAGAAGAAGGAGGAAGAGGAGAAGAAGAAGAAGGAGGAGUAA